GGGAAAAAACUCCUAAUGCGAGGACGAUCCGUGCUUCCGUCGCUGCCCUCUCCCCUGGUCCUGCGUACUCGUUAAUCGUUACCAGAUCUCCAGAUCCAGAGAGAGAGAGAGAGGCAUCUAUGGCGAACUGUGAAAAGAGUGUAGUAGAAGGCCUGGAGGUUUUGCCGUCGGCCUUGCUGGCCACAAUCAUGACGAAGCUCGAUGUGGGUUCCAUAUGCGCCAUAGCCUCCACCAGCAAGACCCUCAAGGACUGCGCUUCUCACAUCCUUUCUUUUCUUCCCUCCUUCCACCUUCGCGAUGUUGCGCCUUCUAUCAAGUUGUUGAGGCCUUUGUUGCCGCCAAACCCUUACCUUCGGAGCCUGAAGGUUGACUGUAGCCGGCUUGACGAUUCAGCCAUUGGACAUCUUCUUCGGCCUUCUUUACAUGAGCUUUCUCUGUAUAACUGUGCGGAUUUUAGUGGAAAGCUACUCUCUGAUAUUGGAGGACAAUGCAGGGACCUAAGGUUUCUGUACUUGAGUUCAGUGGCCGAAAAAAGAGGACGAGCAAUCCAUAUUUCUGAUCUUGAAGAGUUAGUCAAUGGUUGCACUCAAUUAGAAACACUUGUCCUGAUGUUUGACAUAUCAUUAUUUCUGCAUCAUAACUUUGCCCAGGUCUGGGCUUUGGCUUCUGCAAAACUCACUUCUCUGGAGUUUGGCUACAUUUCUUCAAUUAUGGUGACUGAACUGCUAAGCUCCACUGUGGUACCACAUCAACCACCAAAUCAUAUUCAACCAUCCAUACUACCAAGUAUUCAUAAACUGUGCCUUUCUGUGGACUGCAUAACUGAUACCAUGGUUAGUACAAUAUCUAGAGGUCUUACUGCCUUAACCCAUUUGGAUCUUCGAGAUGCACCCAUCAUAGAACCAAGAGUUACGUUGGAUCUCACCAAUGCUGGCCUGCAACAGAUGAAUCAGCAUGGGAAACUAAAACAUCUAUCCUUGGUGCGAAGCCAGGAGUUUGUCAUCUCCUACUUCAGGAGAGUUAAUGAUCUUGGAGUUCUUUUAAUGGCUGACAGAUGCUCAAACAUGGAAAGUAUUUGUCUUGGUGGAUUUUGUCGUGUAACAGAUACUGGUUUCAGAGCAAUCUUGCAUUCUUGCUCUAGCUUGUACAUGCUUAGGAUAUUUCAUGGGACCCAACUGACUGAUUUGGUUUUUCAUGACAUAUCUGCAACUUCUCUUUCUUUGACACAUGUUAGUUUGAGAUGGUGCAAUCUUUUAACCAAUUAUGCAGUUAUGUGUUUGGCAUCCAACAAGGGUCUUAGGGUUCUUGACUUGAGAGAUUGUAGAAGCCUUGGAGAUGAAGCCCUUCAAGCCAUUAGUAAUCUCCUUCAAUUGAAGAUUUUGCUAUUGGAUGGGUCUGGUAUAAGUGAUGAGGGAUUGUCGUUCUUAAGUCACAGGGUGUUAAGUUCUCUAGUGUCACUGUCUGUUAGAGGUUGUAAGAGGCUUACCGACAAGUGCAUUGCUGCUAUUUUUGGUGACUCUUCUAAGCACGAGUUGCAGGAAUUGGACCUAUCAAAUCUUCCAAACCUCUCUGAUAAUGGAGUCUUGUUGCUUGCAAAAAGCCGAGUUCCUAUUGUUGAACUUCGAAUGCGACAAUGUCCACGCAUAGGCGACACUUCAAUAAUGGCACUAGCCUCGAUGCAGGUCGAUGAAGACCGGUGGCACGGGAAUAGAUUGCGGUUGUUGGAUCUUUAUGACUGUGGCAGCAUUACACAGCUUGCAUUCCGGUGGUUGAAGAAGCCCUACUUUCCAAGGUUGAGAUGGUUGGGAUUGACAGGAAGUAUGAAUAGAGAUAUGGUGGAUGCUUUAGCCAGGAGCAGACCAUUCUUGCAUCUUGCAUGCCGGGGGGAGGAGCUGGGAACUGACCAGUGGGAUAACUUGAAUGGUUCCUACAUGCAUGAUUACGAAGAAGUGGAUGAACUAGAACAAUGGCUGCAGGAAGAAGAUGAUGAGAAUGAGAAUGAGGAUGAGGAUGAAGAGAUGGGGGAGGCCUAAAAUGAUGCAGAACUGGCAGGUUAAAUCCCCAUAUAAGAAUUUAUGUUAAAUGCAUUUUUAACAUGUGAAUUCUGCUGGUUGUGUGUGUACAAAGUGUAACUUUUAACUGUAGAAUAUGUGCGUGUGUAUUUAUGUAUAUAUAUUAAUUUAAGCUUGUUCUCCAAA